AUGGAUCAGGAUGAAAUCAAGACCAUAUUCAAGAUAGGUCUCUCGGUCCUGGCAUCUCUAAGCUACACCUAUUUCAUAUCUUCGGAGAUCCCCCAAGGCAAACUCAGGUUCUUCUCCCUCCUUCCUAUCUUAUACCUCUUCUUCAUCCUCCCUCUAUCUCUAUCUACAGCCCUCCCUGCCGGAGUUAUUUCCUUAUUCGUCACCUGGAUCGGUAGCUUCAACCUCCUCCUCUUCUCCUUCGGCUCCGGUCCGCUUUCGUCUCAACCUCCACCAAAGUCUCUCCUCCUCUUCAUCCUCCUUGCUUGCCUCCCUAUCAAAACCCAAAGCUCAAACCAUCGAAUCGCCGAUAAGUCAUCUAAACCAAAGAAACUGCCUCUGAGUUUGCCAACCAAAGUCCUGCUUUUUGCUAUUUUGGUGGCUCUGACCGACUACAAACAUUACUUCCACCCCAAGGUUUUGUUAGGCCAGUAUGGCUGCAUGUUGUACUUAUUCGUCGACAUACUCGUCGGCUCCUGCAAUGUUCUGAUGCGAACGGCGCUCGGGAUCGAGCUCGAGUCGCCGUCCGAUGAGCCGUACCUCUCGACGUCGCUGCAAGACUUCUGGGGCCGGAGGUGGAACCUCAUGAUAACCAACAUUCUGCGCAACACCGUAUACAAACCCGUACGGUCAGCCGUGGAGGCUUCCCUAGGGAGGGAGUGGGCCCCACCGCCGGCGGUGUUGGCCGCCUUUUUGGUCUCGGGUCUGAUGCACGAGCUCAUAUAUUACUACAUGACAAGGGUGACUCCGACGUGGGAGGUGACGUUGUUCUUUGUUCUUCAUGGAGUGUGUUUGGUGGUGGAGGUUGGCUUGAAGAAGGUUUUAAGUCCCAAGUGGCGGUGGCAUUGGGCCGUGUCAAUCCCGAUGACACUCGGCUUUAUAAUCGUUACCGCCACUUGGUUGUUCUUCCCGCCGUUAAUGAGGAAUGGCGUGGAUGAAAGGGCGAUCGGAGAGUGCAAGGAAUUAUUAGAGUUCAUAAACAAAAAGUUCGAGUUAGAACGUUUGGUUUCAUGGACGUCUCUUGCUUUGGGUGGUUAG